AUGAUGAUGAUGAACGCUCAACAACAACAACAACAACAACAACAACAACAAUCUAUCAAGACCAAAGGCGAUAUUAGCUCCGUCUUUUCUCAUCUCGGUGGUAAAGAGACUCAAUUGGAUCCUCGUCUUCUCGCAUUGAAGAAAGAAAUUGCUCCCAAAGACCCUGCUAUUCUUAACGCUGCUUACCAAAGACUCUUGGAAUCCUUUGAAAAAGAAACACCCGAGAUCAAGCAAAAAGGCUCCUCCAUUGUUCCUCAAGUUGAAUUUGAAGAAAUUCAAGCCAACAACGGUCGUUUCCCUACCAACAUUGAAGCUGAAAUUCGCCGCCGAGGCUGUGUGGUCAUUAGAAACGUUAUCCCUGAACAAGAGGCACGUGGCUACAAGGAUCAGAUCAAGUCUUACCUUGCUAAUCAUCGUGGUCAAGUUGAAGGCUUCCCCAAGAACGACCCUCAGGUAUGGGAGCUCUAUUGGUCUCAAUCUCAAGUCAAUGCUAGAAGUCAUCCUCGUUUUGAAACUGCUACUUUGGCCUUGAAUCAACUCUGGCAUGCUCAAGAGGAUACUGUUAUUGAUUUGAGCAAAAACGUUGGCUACUGUGAUCGUCUUCGUAUUCGUAACCCUGGAGAUCAAAGCUUUGCCUUGCAAGAACAUGUCGAUAGUGGCUCCCUUGAACGCUGGCAGGACCCUGAAUAUCGCAAAUGUUACACUGACAUUUUCAACGGUGAUUGGGAGAAACAUGACUCUUUCGAUGCUACUCAUCGUGUCGAAGCACGCAUGGAUUAUUACAACUCUCCUGGUGGUUGCUCAGUCUUCAGAAACUUUCAAGGCUGGAUCGCCAUGUCUGAUAUCAAGACUGGUGCAGGAACCCUUCGUGUUUGUCCUCUUUUGCAGCAAUCUGUUGCUUAUUUCUUGAUGAAGCCUUUGAUUGAGGAGUACAUCGAUAAAAAUGACUAUAUUGGUGCUUUGCCCGGGUUGUGUCAAGGCAUUGGGAAGACUGAUUAUCCUCAUAUCAUCGACAAUAUGAUUUCCAUGCCUGAUGUCAGGCCUGGCGAUGCUGUAUUCUGGCAUUGCGAUCAAGUGCAUGCAGUCGAACAAAAGAAUGAUUCUGAGGUGGACUCAUCUGUCUUGUACAUUCCUUCCGCGCCCCUUUGUCGUAUCAACUCAGAGUAUCUCAAGAUCCAAAGAGAUGCGUUUGAGAAGGGCUUAACUCCUCCCGAUUUCCCUGGUAACCAUUUUGAAGAGACGUUUGAUGAUAGAGCUAAGCCAAGCACAGUCAACGACAUUGUAAAAUUGAACAUGGGCUUGAUCCCAUACCCUGAACUCUCUGCUGAUGCUACAGAAGGACAAAAGAAAGCAUUGGCUAUCCACCACAAAAUCCUUGGUUUUGCCUGA